CACAAUUCAUCAAUCCCUCUACAAGCGAUCCAAUCGAGUUUCUUAUCAAAAGGUGUGAUGGCAGGAGGGAAACGUCCAUGGGAUGGUCGUGGUAGCAACAAUUACAGUGGAGGCCAAAGUGACUCCCCGAGCCAGAAGUUUCAAAAGGGGGAACGGUCUCGCAGAAUGUGGAUUCCGCGGGAGGAGAAAAUACUUGCUGAAACACUUCUUGAGCUGGUUGCGAGGGGCUGGAAAUUCGAUAACGGUUUUCGAAUGGGAUACCUCAAUAAAAUAGAGGACGACCUUCGUGCAGAGUUGCCCAAGUGUGACUUGAAAGGCACCCCACAUAUUACAUCAAAGAUCUCCGCCUGGAAGAAUAAUUACAAUAGUCUAAGAGCUAUAUUGGGGAGAAGCGGCGUAGGUUUCAAUACCGACGGUGAUUACAAGAUUGAUUGCAAUGAUGAUCAAUGGGAUCAAAUUGUGCAGGCAGACAAAGAGGCUCGGGGCAUGCGCAAGAAGUCGUGGCCAUUUUGGGAGACAUGGAAAAUCAUAUUUGGCAAAGACCGAGCAUCUGGUCGAGGUGCAGAGCAAGUAAAUGUGGUUGCAGCCCGAGUAAAUGCCCACCUUGCGGAUGCAAGUCAGUCUAACGAAAAUUACUACUACCCGUAGUUUGAAGAUUUUCCUGUUGACCCAGCAACACCAGUGGCUGAUAUCCCUGACAGCCACGACAUUACCUCCAGACAAAGUGGGAAACAAGCCUCUACCACCAAGACUAGUCCAGAGAUUAGCAAAAAUGGAGGCGGUGAUUAUGCUCUGAUGGAGUACCUCGGGAACCUCCAUGACGAAACAAAUGCCCGCUUGGAGAUGAUUGCCGGAAGGAUAGGGUAUGAAUUCGAUAUGGGGAAAAAGAGAGAAGAAGUUUUCGAUAAGCUUGGCACUAUUGAAGGACUCACUCUCAAGCAACGUUACGAGUUAUGCAAUAUCUUAGGAGACAAACCGCAACGGUUGGAGGUGUUCAUGGGAAUGCCCCCCCAGCACGAUUUGGGUACGUGCUCCUUCUCAUUGAUGAGAACCAGAAGGGGGGUUGAAGGAAUGUGCUGCUUUACUGGUGUUGUGGUCUGGUUAUUUUGUUCCUGAUGACAGGCCAUUGUGUUUUGGUUUAUAUUUUGUAUGCUACUACUAUGUUAUCAUACUCUCUAUAUUAGGCUUAUGUGCACCCUUUGUUUUUGAAGUUA